ACCUAUUGAUCAAAUUGUAAGUUCUUGUUAACACAUCUGAUGUGAACAUACUUGAAGUGAAUCUAGAAUGAAAUUGUAGAAAAUUUUCAUUCAGAUUGCUGCAUGUUUUCCAUGAAAUUUAAAAGAAUGUAACAUAGCAGAAUCACAUGAGUUUCAUUUCUAUGAGUGAUACCAAAUCACCAAUUCAUGCCAUUGAUGAGUCGUUUGGUUGCAGUAUUGAAUGGUCGAAAUGAUAAUGAAAAGUCAGUGUAAUUUUGAUAGGAUAAUCUUUAAACAAGUUGAAUGUUAUACUUGUUCUAUAACAAUCAUCUCAUUUUCUUUACAAAAUUCAUCCAAACGCAUAACCAUUUGAAGAGGUAAUAAUGGUAAAUUGUGAAAAGUUUCAUCACCAUGAGAAUGACAUAGUAUAUUUCGCAAAAAUUUACACAAGAUCAUUCUCACUAUCACCAUUUAGUAGUAACAACCAAACGGGCUGUGAAAGAUGAUGCUGAAGCAAGAGAUUUCAUUUAAAACUACAAACUCCCUCACUAUCCCAUUGUAACCAAAAUAGUAAAACCCUUCCACUAAAAUUCUUCUCCCUGUAUACUGAAUUCUGGACCCUCAUAGAGUGAAUAAAAGUAUCCAUGAAUAGCAAUAAAGUGAGAUUCUGUGCUAAAAUCACACUAACUUCUUCGUGAUUUAUAAUAGUGCCAGCCAAAAAUAUCACAGCUUGUAGCUGCAGGGAAGGGUAUAGGAACUUCUAGAGCAGAGGAAAGCAAAACCACUGAAAAACCUAAGACAAAGGAGUCAAUGGUAAAUUCUACUGAUUAUCAGCUAGAAAGAAAUAAUGGAGGUCCAGUUCAGGCUCGAGAUGAUCAUCGUGAACAUCGGUCCAAAGUCCCUCAGUUCGGUGCCUGGGAUAAUGGGUGACGCUGUUGGUUACACUAUUCGCUUUGAAACUGCUCGGAAAACUCAUAGAGAUGGACCCACAGUGACGAAUAAUGAGCACCUGCUAAACCAGAAUAAACAUCUCCCUAAGAAGGCUCCAGCUCAAGCUCAUAUUACCAAAAUUAAACCAAAAACAGAAGCAGCACAGUCAAGGAAGCUGCCUCAGUUUGGGGCUUGGGAGGGCACAGACGAAAUAGCUUACACCAUGGUCUUCAACAACAUUCAGAAGAAGAACAAAGACGAGUUCAUAUCCUUAGCGGAACCUUAUAGUACACCAAUGGAAGUUUGUUCCAAGGUGCCUCAGUUUGGUGCUUGGGAGGGGGCAGAAACCGUUGCUUACACUGCUUAUUUUUAUAAUGCUCGGAAAAACAAGAAUGUUGAAUCUAGACAAUCUCCUCUUCAUCCAAGAAGAGAAAAGCUUCAGUAUGAACCUUCUACUAGUAAAAAUAGUCCAAAUUCUAAAAUAGUAACCUCUAGUGCAUGGGGAGCUGGAGAAAAUUUUAAAGCCUACUGUAAUGCUAUUGAAAGAAGAUGGCCACCUUCUAAUCAGUCAACUCCAAGAAGAGGAAAUAGGCCAAGGUUUGAGCCACAAAGACAUAAGGAUUGAAUACUCGUAAAGAAUAUGAGGUCUAUUUUCUGAGAAUGGAUUUGCUGAUUUUCUUGACUUUGAUUACUGAUUUCCAGCUAACAGAAUGAUGGAAGCCACAACAGCCAUGUGUAGUCCUGUUCUUGGGAGAUUUAUUAGUGAAAUUGAUGUUCUUGGUGCCUGUGCACAUAGCUAUCGCAUUGAUAGUGAACCAUGUUAAAUCUCGUGUGCUAUUUCUUUAUUGUUUAUUGUUCUUGAAUCUUUAUUGUAUCUUUUAUUGUUUUUGAAGUAUUUGCUUUUGCUGUGCGCUCAA